AUCGCUGAGAAGAGUUCUGGUAGUAGUGUAUCAAGUCCCGUAACCUCCAAGAAAACUCCUGCUGGAGCCAAAACCGUGAAGACCAUGAAGAAGGAGAAGAUCCCUGAAGCUGUGACACAGUCCAAGGCUAAGCCGGUGCUGAGAAGCUCCACCAUUGAGCGCCUUGCUGUUGCCAGGACAGUACCAAAGGAAACGCAACAAAAACCAGUCACUAAAAAAGCAUCAAAACCUUUAGGAACAAGACAGAAAAAACCUCAAGAGAAGAAACCUAGUAAAAAAAGUCCGGGACUUUCUCGUGACCCGAGUCUCGAAAUCAAGGAAACAGUUGAAGAAGAAACACAGUCUUACUUGCCGGUGAAGCAAGCUGAUGAACUUCUUCCUGCUGCUUCUCCUCUUGAUGAGUUCAAAGACAUUAAAGUGAUGCAUAGCUUGCCGAAUGAAACCAUCAGAAACAAGAUCAGACUAAGUUCACUGGUUUUCGUCUCAAUCGUUGUAAACCAACCAGAUGUCAACUACCACAUCGAUAUUUUAUUUGGUUUAAAUAUCAAUAUUUGUUUAAUUAAACUUAGGGUUUGAUGUUACUUGCUCUGUUCAAAUGUGUAAUUGCGAACAGUACAAUUGCAUGCGUUUGAUACCCGAUUAUAGAAAUCAAUAUGUGUCAUUUCCUAAGGGUUUAAAUUGUUCUAAAUAAAUCAAAGAGUCUGGAGAUGAUUAAAUUGGAUGGGGUUUCCAAAUGUAGAUAUCUAUCUUUCCACAUCUGAAACUAAACAGAAUUAAUAAACUAAUAUAAACAUAAUGGAAAUAUAAAAAAUGACAAAACAUAAAAUACAUUUAA